CUCUGUACGAACCGCCUGAAAUACCUCCUGGAUACUUCACCACCACUAGCAGAACGACUUAGACCCCUACGCAAGAUGAAAUGGACGCUGAUGGUGAAGAACAACGAAUCCGGGUCCACAAACAACAACAAGUCAAGCGCAGGCCUCGUCAAAGAAAGCCGAGAACACCGAGCGUUCUGCUCCCUAACAGGGACCCCCUGUUACACUCUUCCGUUCUGACCCCGCCAGUAGCUGUUAUUCAUGAUGACUUAAGAACGCCAUCGGAUGCACCGACUUACACACACCGUCCAGACCUCCCUGAUUACCUGCUGCCUAAGAUAAACAUGCAAUUCAACACAACUGACGAAGCUUUCAGCUUUUACAACAGAUAUGCAAGGCAUGCUGGCUUUGGGCUGCGAAAAGGACAAAAUGAUGGUCGUAGGAGCUACCUCUACUGCAGCCGUCAGGGCAGGCACAAAUUUGGAGGCCACGAAACAGAAAGGAUACGUGACAAGACAACCAAAAGAACAGGGUGCCUUGCAAGACUGAGACUAAAAUUGAGAAACGACGGCACGUGCUUCAUAGCAGACGUGACCUACGACCAUAACCACCAGCUGGACCUGUCGGCACCCAUGGUGGUGUUCUUGCGAUCACAUAAAAACUUUGACCCCCAUGAAAUGCAGCUGGUGGAGCAGUUAAAAAAAAGCAACGCGCCACACGGGUCAAUAAUGUCCUUCCUGGCAAGUAUGCAUGGAGGCCACCACAACCUCCCACACAACAGUCGUGACAUACAUAACAGGAAAGAAGAUAACGUGUGGAAAGCAACAGAGCAUGAUUUGUUCCGGCUCUUGGCAUUCUUCCAUGAGAUGAAAUCAGUUAACAAAAACUUCUUCUACGAGAUAAAAAUAGACGAGAUAGAGUCCAUAAGCCAUAUCUUCAGGGCAAAUGCUAGUUCCCGUGGUGCAUAUGAGGAUUUCAAUGACUGUGUCACGUUUGACACUACGUACAAGACCAACAAGUUCAGAAUGCCGCUGGGUGUUUUUGUUGGCGUGAACAAUCAUCUACAGUCAACAAUUUUUGCCAUUGCCCUGCUGAGAGAUGAGACAAUAGAGUCAUUCCAGUGGGUCUUCAGCACGUUCCUCCGGUGCAUAAAUGGCAAACAUCCAAUCUGCAUAUUAACAGACCAAUGUCCCUCGAUGGCUGAGGCUAUACCAACUGUAUUACCUGACACGCUACAUAAACUGCGCCGUUGGCACGUUGUCAAGAAGUACAGGGAUGACCUGCUUGCAGGAAGAUGA